CUUAAAAGGGAAAACUGAGCACCUCCACCACUUAAUAUCAAAAACUACCUAAAAUAGAGAUUAUUAGUGUGGAGAGGAAGGAGGAUGAAUGGACAGUCUUUGAUUGGCGGCGCUGGUGAUGCCUCUCCUGUUCCUCAUCGGAGGGACGAUUUUGGAAAUAAAGCUGGUGAGGCGGCGAGCGGAGGCGUCUCCCAGCUAAAGUUGGCCUUGACUAGUAGGCCACCAGAACAGCAGCCAGAGGAAGAGAGAGCCAUGGAGGACAGCCCCCGUAUGGAUAAAGUGAACCGAGGUGAAAACCCGAGCUCACCAUGUCGAGGGAGAAGGUGCCAUCCCAAGGUUCUUAGCUAUGUCACUGGGGAUAUGAAAGAAUUUGCCAACUGGCUCAAAGACAAACCCCAGGUGCUCCAGUUCUUUGACUGGGUUCUUCGGGCCAUAGCCCAGGUGGUGCUCGUCAACAACCCCAUCAGUGGAAUCCUGUUUCUGGUGGGAUUACUGGUCCAGAACCCCUGGUGGGCCCUCCUUGGCUGUGUAGCGACAGUGGUCUCCACCCUGACAGCCCUGUUGCUCAGCCAGGACAGGUCAGCAAUUGCGGGGGGCCUGCAUGGCUACAAUGCCACCCUCGUGGGGCUCCUCAUCGCUAUCUUUUCAGACGAAGGAGACUGUUUCUGGUGGCUGUUAUUUCCUGUAUGUGUUGUGUCCAUGACUUGUCCGCUGCUCUCAAGCGCAUUGAACUCCGUGUUCAGCAAAUGGGACCUCCCUGUGGUCACCCUGCCCUUCAACAUGGCAGUGACUGUGUACUUUUCAGCCACGGGACAUUACAAUCCGUUCUUCCCAACCAAACUGAUCACACCUAAGACCUCAGUUCCGAAUGUCACCUGGUCUGAACUCAAUGCCCUGCAGUUACUGAAAUCCGUGCCUGUGGGCAUUGGUCAGAUAUAUGGUUGUGACAAUCUGUGGACAGGGCUCAUUUUCCUGUGCGCCAUCCUGCUUUCUUCCCCACUCAUGUGCCUGCACGCGACAAUCGGGUCAUUGCUGGGGAUGGUAGCAGCACUCAGUCUUUCGGCCCCGUUUGAGGACAUUUACUUUGGACUCUGGGGUUACAACAGCUCUCUGGCCUGCGUUGCAAUAGGAGGAAUGUUUGUGGCGCUCACCUGGCAAACUCACCUCCUGGCUCUCACCUGCGCCCUCUUCACCGCCUACCUGGGAGGCAGCAUGUCACGCCUGAUGGCUGUGGUCGGAUUGCCCUGUUGCACCUGGCCCUUCUGUUUGGCCACACUAGCGUUCCUAUUGCUGACCACGAAGAACCCCAACAUCUACAAGAUGCCCCUCAGUAAAGUCACUUACCCUGAAGAAAACCGCAUCUUUUACCUGCAAGCCAAGAAAAGGAUCGUCGAGAGCCCUCUGUGAGAGCAGCCUUCUUCCACAGCUGUGCUCACGUCGUGUCUGCCUGCCCCGUUGGCUUCCAGGGUCUCAGCAAAUCGUUUUCCACUAGUAGCCACUUUCCUACUAACCCAUCGGCGAUCUGUCCUUAUGCUCGCUCUGUAGUUUCCUUUCAGAUUCCGAGAACAUCCCUAAACAUGCGAGAGACACCCAGACCACGUGCUCUGGCUACGGAACUUUAAACCCUCGUGGGGUGUUGGCACGAAGACUGUCAUAUAUUUAUUAAAGCCAAAAUGCUCCCUCGGAAAGAGGAACUGAGGCUAGAGCUAAUUAGUGAUAUUUAUUGAUAUUUUUGAUAUUUGGUUUGGCUGGCUGGUGUUAACAGUAUUAAAAAUUAAGCUCUAUAAACCAAUUAAGCCGUAUUAAGGGAACGGAAUUCAUGGUCACAAAAUUGAAGUCAACCUAGAAAUCUCAGAUAAGCUGUUCGGCUUGUGGAAAAUCAAUGCAAGUUACACAGUACAGCUGUGGCAACAAGGCAGGGGCGGGGCCAGGGCUGAGCUCCUCCCUGCUCCUCGGCAGGGCCUCCGUGUGGUCAGCUGACUGGGUUCCACUGUCCGAGAUGGUUGGUCUUUUUCAGGCUGAUGAGCUGCAUUAGGGAGAAAGGGUUUUUGCCAGUCAAAAUUAUUUUGAAUUGUUACUUUUCUUGGAGAUUGCAAAGGACUUUUUAGGAGGAGUUUACUAUCUUUUUCUUGUGAGAACGGAUUUGUCUCAUGAGAUAAAAUAAGACAAGUUCUUGGCUUAAUUAGUUCCCAAAUAGUAUAGAAAAGUUACAUUUUUUAUAAAAUACUCAGCAUAGCUAUAUUUUUACUAUAAUCCCUAAGUUGGUUUUGUAAAUGCCCCGAAUGCAUAGAAUUAAGUCAUCAACACUCGAGGGCCCGUUCAAGUUACAUUUUCAGUUCCUUUGAAGAUACCUUACGCGUUACAAAGCCUGAAAGGUAAGGGCAGAUUGCUUUUGGGUGUUUAGAAGUGAUUGAAUUUCGACUUAAAAAAAAAAAAUUAGUAUUUUCUGAACACUCAUAAUAUUCUCGCUCAGAAACCAAUGAUAUUUGAGCCACCAAAAAGACCUCCAGAUAAAGGACUUCCUGUUUUGUUUUGUUUUUCUUUUUUUUUUUUCAUUUAAAAGUUACCAGUUCUGUAAAGAUUUUAUAACCCAACAUUCAGGGUGUGUCAAUUCAGUCCUUUGGAGAAUGCAAAAAGAGACACUGUAGAAUCUUGAGGUUUUUUUUUCCCUUUGGGUUUGCAGUGCUCAGUGACAAUAUACAGUUUGCUGAAUCAAUCGACAUAAAAAGGGAAGUAAGCCUUCAAAUAUUUUAGGGAGAAGUUCACUUCUUCCUUUUCUCAGGAAAACAAACAAACAUUGUUUCAAUUUUUAAAACCUGUGACCACAGCCUUUUGAAACCAGACUCUGCAGCUGUGGGGGAGUCACACGUCUAUUCCUGUGGAAAAACUAAAUUUUCAGUGUUUGAACUGAAGUCUCUCUGAUUAGGGAAUUUAUGAAAUAAGACUUGGGUGGGGGGCAGUGCCGGACUAAAAAGCAAGCAUAACCAAGGAUAACCAGGGGUGAAGAACCUGGGCAGUGGCUGAGUGAACCCAGUUGAUUUUCAGAAUGGGCUCUAUCCAGUGUGCUAAUUACAUACCUUCUCCCCUUGUGCGCACACGGACUUGUAAAUAGGAGCAUUUUAAGGCCUUAUACAUUGUCUAAUUUAAAAGGUAUUGAUUUUCUCCAGCUAUUUUUGUUACUAAGUGUUAGCCUAAUAGUAAGUGACUCUUUUAUGAGUUUUUCUAUAGAGCACUUGUAUUUUUCCCUAUUCUCUGUAUAAAAAGUUUCUAUGUAAGAAUAUGAAUAAAUUAUACUCAUAGCUGUUUUGUGUAAAUUUUGCUUAAAAGAGUCAUACAUGUUGCCCAGCGGGUGUGGCUCAGUGGUUGAACAUCAACCCAGGCACCAAAAGGUUGCCGGUUCAAUUCCCCGUCAGGGCACAUGCCCAGGUUGUGGGC